AUGAUACGGGGCGGUUUCGCAAAAGCAUCCGGGCAAUUUGACGAAUUUUUUCAUGUCCCAUCGCAACUUCGAACGUUAAUUAUCCCAAACAUCGAAAAAAUCGAUUAUUUUUUUGAUAAAUAUCAUCUUCGAGCGGACGAAUUCGAAAAUUUACGUUCACUAACAUUGUGGAAUGUAAAUGAAAAUUACAUGAGGUCAGCGCAAUUCGCUGAUCAAUUAUCAAGAUUUAAACAUUUGGAAAAAUUAACUGUGAGAAAGGAAAAUGGUCAAACAUUACAAACAUAUACGUGUUGUUCAGGUGAAAAAAUGAAUUUAGAAGUUAUUCGGACUGUGAUAUACUAUUGGUUUAAAAAAUAG